AUGAACUCGACAAUGCUAUCACAGCACCCUUUAGCUCAGACCCUGGGCAGCCCAUACACCAUAGCUGCACUCGUCCUUUUGACUUAUCUCCUUCUGGUCAGGCGCUUGAGAUACAGACGUGCCGAGAAGAUUAAGGCCGGCUGGGGCGACGGACCAGGGAAGCGGCCCCUGUCCAGCAUGACCGGUGACGAUGCCUUCAAGAUUUUGUUGGAGCUUCAGGAACUCGAAUUCCCGGCUUCUUUCCACAAGGCUCGUGCUGUCGCACUUCUGAAGGCCGGCGGUAUCCCCAGCAUGUCUAGACUCUUCGCUGUCACGGGACAGAAUACACCUCGCAACGCCGCCAAGCGCGCCACGGAUACCGAGAUCCUCCUCCGCGAGGGCCAGACCAAGCCCCGCGACUCGGAGCGGUACCAGCUCUCGGUAGCACGAAUCAACUUCCUGCGCGCACGUUACCGAAAGGCCAGCGAGAUCACCGACAGCGACCUGCUGCACACCCUCGGCGACGGCGCCCACGAGAUUCUCUGGACCAUCCGGGCGGAGGAGUGGCGGUCCCUGACGGACGUGGAGCUGUGCGCCGUGGGCGUGUUCCACCGGGCUUACGGCGAGGACCUGGAGAUCCCAAUUGAUCCGCUGCCGAGUGCCAAGGAUGGCUGGAGGGAUGGCGUCCACUUUGUGAAAGAGCUGAGUGACUGGACGGUGCAAUACGAGAGGGAGGUCCGCAGGCCAAAUGAGCCGAGUGAUAAAUAUGUCAGGGCAUAUGUCGACAGCUUGACCAACAAGAUGGGGAAAAGGGUCACAAUAUUCGCCAGGAAGGUCUUGGGAUCAAACCUGGACGAUGUGAUGAGGCAGAGUCUUUGUAUUGAAAAGGCAGGACCAUAUGUCUCUGCUUUUGUUGCCAUCACCCAGUUGACUCGGAAGUCCAUUCUACGGUAUCUGUGCCUUCCCCGCCCGGAUUUCAUGGCCGUCAAAGCUGUGGAAGAGAAGCCAAACCGUAAUGGCCUCUUCCAUUACCCAAUUUCUACGUUCCAGCCUUGGCAUGUGAAGCCUAGCUUCUGGAACAAGUUUGGACCCAUUGCCCUGCUGUUCCGGCUGCUGGGUGCAAAACCUGCGGGAAGCAAAGAUGGUCGUUUUUUCCCUGAGAGCUAUGACUUAUGGAACAUUGGGCCGGACCCAAACUAUGGAAAGGGGAGGGAAGAGAUGGCAAGCACUGUUAAGCUUGUCAAGUUGUCUUCCGUCACGGCUAUCAGGAUGCAAAUACUCACGUUUGCUCUAGCCCUCGCGGGCUCCAUCAACGCCUUUUCAGCCCCAGACCUCAGCAAAAGGGACAGUCAAUGCUCCCAGAUCGAGAUCCCAGUGUCUGUCGCCGAGAAGCGAUCCAUCUUGAACAUAACCAUCCAAGACGAUUGGGAUGCGGCGUCUCUCACCUUCAGUCUGACAGCCAGAGACUUUGGCAAGCCAGAUGAUCCUCUACCUAUCACCGGCGAGUCGGAGUCUCCGGUCUGGAGCAACUACACCGUAGGAGCUACGUUGUGUGGCACUGGAGGUACCGUUCUAGUGACCACCCAUGGCAUAAUAGAAUCUAAGUCGUAUUUCCAGCCAAGUUUCUCGAACUCGACUAAAUACAACUUCGUGAAUGCUGCUCUGGAGGCGGGGUACAGUGUGCUGAACUACGACCGUAUUGGAGUCGGCUCAUCUUCCAAGGUGGAUCCUUACAAUGACGCUCAAUUCCAAGUCGAGGUCUCCGUCCUCAACUCCCUCGUCACAUACGCACGACAGGCUACGGGCGCAAAAAAGGUCGUUCUCAUCGGCCACAGCUACGGGUCGUACAUCUCAACCCAGUCGGCCGCGCUCCUCGGCUCCUCCGUCGACGCGCUCGUGCUGACGGGCUUCAGCGGCACGCUCGACACCCAGGACCCCGAGCGCUGGGGACACCUCGGCCCGGGGUACCUGACGUCCUCGGACCUGUACGCCGAGACCUUUGCGUACUUUGCGAGCCCGCACUUUGAGCACCGCGUCGCGGAAUGGUCGUACGGUGUCGCGAGCGAGCCGUUCGCCGUGGCGGAGCUGCCGACGCUGCUGGCGACGGAGAUAGGAUAUGGCAACGUGACGGCGCCGACACUGGUGUUGCAGGGGAAGUACGAUACUUCUGCCUGUGGUGGAUAUUGUGUCGGCCUCCUGGAUGGGCUGAGUGCCAACUUCACGGCUGCGGCGGCCUUGCGGACCGUGGAUGAUUUGCCUUCUGGGUAA